GAUGCAACGCCUACAAUAGUAAUGGAGGAAACAACAUCCGCGCCAUCUGGUGUAGAAGAAAUGGACGAUGGUGACAGGCUAGACAACGUUCGCUGCGAAAAAAAUCCAACCAAAUCUUCAGAUAUAAGUUGUCAAAAAUUUGAAAGUGGCAGCGGAAGUGGUGAUCAUGAAUUAAGCCAUUUAGAUGAUGGUACAGACAUUUCGGCAAAAAAACGAAAAACUCGUCGUGGAAAACCAAAACAUCGAAAACUUAAGCCUUACACAAAACAGCAAUCUUACAAUCACAAACUCCGAAUCCGCUCAAAUUCAAGUCGUGUUGUAAAAAAACGAACUCAACCACCAGCUCCUUAUAAUACUACACAAUUUCUAAUGGAUGAUCAUAAUGAUCUGCCAAAUUUAGAACAAAAAUUAGCAGGCUCUAAUACCGAAGUUCAAAAAAUUAUUCAGAAACCGGUAGUAUCACGAACAAGAGAUUCGAGUUUCAGCGUUGAUUCUGAUGAAGAGUAUUUCUACUCAUCUCCUGAAGAUGAAGAAGAAUUUUUAACAAAAGAAUUUUCAAGCGCGUACGAAGACCUUCAUGCUGAAAGACUGAGUGCCUUGUCUAAAUCUGAAUUAAUUCAAGAAUACAUUCAACUAGAAGCAAAACUCGAUAUUCUAACCAAACGAUUACGUAAUAGGACUUUUCAACAGACCGAAGAAAGAGAAUUAGAUAACAAAAAAAGUGCUUCUUUGACAGCAGAAACUUCAGAGUUUGAAAUGGCGAAAAAACUAAAAAUAUGCCAGCAAAGAAUAGAUGAUUUAAUACAGCAAAACGAUCAGCUGAGAAGAGAUAUUGAAGCGCUCCGAGGAAAAAGAAGAAAAAGUUCCAUAUCGAGUAUUGACAGUGAAAGCGAUAGUGAUAGUAAUAGUAGUUGCAGUUGUUCUGACAGUGAUGACUCCGCGAAACAUCAAUGUACUCUACGCAAUGUUGAGCAUAAAAUCAGCAAAAAACCGAUGACUAUUAGUGAUAGCAAUAAUACAGAAGAUACGAAUAUUUCAUGCUCAUCCCGCAACAGAUAUUUGAGAAAUAUUUCUUCUGAGCUUACUAUUAAUUCCAACACCACCACUCCCAACGUUGGUUUACUUCCAACUUGA